UUGCCUGCAGUAACCGUUGAACUGAUAAAAAGCCUGCGCGAACAGACCGGCGCGGGCAUCAGUGAUUGCAAGCGAGCCUUGGAAGACAACGAGGGAGAUUUGGAGCAGGCCAUGGCCGCGCUCCGGCAGAAGGGAUUUGAGCAGGCGGCCAAACGGGCCGACCGCGAAACCUCCCAAGGGUUGGUUGAGUCUUACAUCCACACCGGCGGUCGGGUCGGUGCGUUGGUGCAAUUGGGCUGCGAGACCGACUUCGUGGCGCGCACCGACGAGUUCCGCUCGUUGGCGCACGACAUUGCCAUGCAGGUAGCGGCAAUGUCUCCGAUAUACCUGAACGAAGAAGACCAGGACGAAGGAGAUGAUCGCCCCGCCGCUCAGGUGUGCCUGAUGCAACAGCCGUUCAUCAAAGAUGGUUCGAGGACCCUCGAGGAUCUGGUGCGGGAAACGGCCGCGCAAACCGGGGAAAAUGUCCGCGUGGUCAGCUUCCGUAGGCUGGCGCUCGGGGAGUAA